UUUGUUGUUCCUCUCAGGGAUAACUGGAAACAGCGUACUAGGGGGGAUGUUUCUCACGGAACACACAUGUGUAAGAGCAAGUCCUUUCACAGCCAGUCCGGAGCUAAGAAUGCAUCUGAGGAAUCCUUGACUUAAGGACUUCAUUCUCUCAAAAGGUGCUUUAGACAGAUCUGAGAUGUAUGGCUGAGUCGAACAACGGGCAACAUUCCUGGUGCACCUAUUAUGGAAUAAGGAUCAGAAUGUCAAGGAUCAUUGGAAAGUAGAGGUAACAAUCUCUCAGGCUGUGAUAGUGAAAGAAAAUGUGACAGGCACACUGCCAUUUCAGUGUAGAAGUAGAGUAAGAUUUAGAAGAAGUACAGCCCAACUCCCCAACCAGGAGCCAUGAAGGACCGCAUGGAGGAGCUGCGACAGAGGGUGAAGUCCAGUCGGGACCUGAACGGCAGCGACCCUUUUAGCGAGGACUAUGACGACGAUGAGCUAUUUCCACCACCUCAAGCUGUGAUCUUUGAGGAAGAACCAGUUCUGGAGAACUUCCUGUCUGAGGCUCAACGCAUCCGUGACAGCAUCGACGAACUAGAAGCUGAGGUGAAGAAGUUCAGCCAACAGCAGCGCAACCUGGUGGCCACCAUGAGGCGCCUCAGCGUCAUGAAGAAGGAGAGCAGGAUCACGCGCGACAUCAAGCUGCGCGCCGAGAGCCUCCACAAGAAGCUGGACAUGCUGGCCAAGCAGGCCAAGAAGAUGGAGGUUGAGCUGGGCCCCAAUGCAGCCACAGUGCGCGUCCAGAAAACCCAGCAUGCCGAUCUGCUCCGACACUUCCAAAGAGUGAUGCUCCAGUACAACAACUCCCUGCUCAGCAAGCAGGACAAGUGUAAGCACUUCAUCCGCCGUCAGCUGGAGGUGUCUGGGCGGGCAGUGACUGAGGCGGAGGUGGACGACAUGAUGGAGCAGGGGAAGUGGGAAGUGUUCAACGAGAACAUCCUGCUGGACUCCAAGAUCACUCGCCAUCAGCUGUCAGAGAUCGAGCAGCGGCACAAGGAGCUGCUCAACCUGGAGAGUAACAUGAAGGACCUGAGGGACCUCUUUCUGGAUGUUUUCUUGCUGGUGCAAGAGCAGGGAGAAUACAUUGAGCGAAUCCAGACAAAUGUCGAGAGGACACAAGAUUAUGUGCAGGUCACAAAUGAGAAGUUUAAAAUGGCUGCCAGGUACAAGAAGAAGAAUCCUUUGAAGAGACUGUUGUGUUGCUGCUGUCCUUGGAGCUGCUGCUGACAACAGGGGAAAAUCGAACAAAAAAAGUUUUUAAAAAAAAACAUUGCUGAGGCACAAUGCACUUUAAGACACAACUGCACCGCAAAGACUUUUCUACUCUCCAUUUCCUCGUAAGACACAAACACAUUUCAAGUAAGAAUACAAUCACAUCAAUUGUAUAUUUUUUAAAUUAAAAACAGAAUAAAUGAAUAGAUAUUUUAUUCAUCAAGAAUGUACACUUCGUGGUCAAUAUUUAUGAGUUCUUCAUACAUUGCAGAUGAAACACUCUCAUCACUCUCAUCAUAUCAGUGAAAUACAUGUGAAGUUCUUUCUCUGUACUUAACCGUAUUAACAGCAUUAAUCAGUAAACUAGUUGCUGACAUGAUGGACUAGAAAUGGAGGACAUAUUUAGUCAGCUGCACGGGUAUCGGCUGUCAGGCCACACAGUGGAGCUUAGGUGUGCCCAGCCAUCCGACACACAAACCUGUUGUUGGUCGGUCAGAGGCCACAGGCAUGAGGGUAAUAUUACCAGAUUAACUGAAGUGAGUCAACAAAAUCACAAAGAGCAAAGGCUGUUCCUCACACUUGCAUGGGCACACCCAAAAGACUGGUUUCCAGGAAACUUAAAUAUUAGGGCCUCCUUAUUUAGACUGACCAAUAUGUUAAGUAUGAAUUCAAUUAUUGGUGAUAACAAUGUAUAUGCAUUGCAUUUACAUAGUCCCAUAUUUAUUGUCAUGUCUUGAGCCAUGCAAUGAACUGAAUAACUUGCUUGAAGUGAUAUUUUAGCAAGUGUAAUGUAUAACAAUGUCUUACAAAUAAUUUACCUCAGCUAAACCUUGAUAGGGUGGGAAAACAGGAUGUAGGUGUAGACCCAUUCAAACAUUAAACGUUCUACGAAGCAA